CCCCUACUUUGGAGAUCAUGUGUACAGAUGAUAAAAGUACAUCUACUUCCUUAUGGUACUUUAUGGCAGAUUCACUGGCUGUAAGUCUGUGAAGAACACACUGACAUUUUCCUGGAUUUCAGUCAUUAAAUCACACUGCAGCAGGUCUUCUUACAUAUAUGACCAAGCCUUCUCACAAAAAGUUGCACAACUUCAGGCAAAAGGAGUCAGCUGUUGAGAUGAGUAACCAGCAAGUGAUGUACUCGGAACUGAAUCUGAACAAGGACCCAAAGAAACAGCAAGGGAAACCCAAGGGUACCAAAAGCUCCAUUUCAGAAAAUGAGCAGGAUAUAACCUAUGCAGAAUUAGCCUUUCAGAGUGCUUCUCAGGAACACCGAGGGAAUGACAAGCAGCACACCUGCAAAGAUUUCACAUCAUCUCCUCAGAAGCUUCUUGCAGCGACCCUGGAAACCACCUGCCUUAUCUUAAUGGUCACGGUGAUAGUGAUGGUGACAGUUGUAAUUCCCUCUUCUGUAAUGCAGGAGCAGAACAAAUCUUCCUCAGUAAGAACUACAAAAGAAGUCCACAACCUUUCUUCAGCAUAUCAUUGUGGUCAUUGUCCAAACGAGUGGCUAAUGUUUUCAAACAAUUGUUAUUGUUUUGGAGUGGAAAAGAAAAAUUGGACUGAGAGUUUGGCAUCCUGCACUUCUAAGAAGUCUAACCUAUUUUAUAUAGACGAUGAGAAAGAAAUGAAAUUUCUAAGCUUCCUCUCACAUCCAUCCUGGAUUGGUGUCUCCCGUUCUGGCAGAGAUCACCCAUGGCUGUCGGUAAAUGGCUCAGCAUUCAAUAUGCAAGUAAAGAACUCAUCAUCUAAUGAAUCCAACUGUGUUUGGUUAGCCUUAUCUGGCUUUAUGGCAGAAAAUUGUGGAUCAUCACACACGUAUAAUUGCAAACAUAAAUUUUUGAAUUAAUAUACCUGAAUUUGGAGCCUGUCAAGUAAUUUUCUAUUUCACAAAAUGGAAAUUAUAUUAUGAUUAUAUGGGUCUUUAAUUGAAUCAGAUGUGUUCUUCUAAUAAUAAACUUAUUAAAAACUACUAUUGAAAUACAAUAUUUAUACUACAAGGGAAGAAUAGUACUUUUGUGUUUACUUCCUUUUGGUCAAAAUAUAAGCAGUCUCAUUUCACUCCUACAAAACUAUGGUCAUCAAAUAUUUGUUAAAAUUACUCAAGAAUUAGAAGAAUAUUUAUGAAUCAACAAAUAUGUUUCACAUACAGACUACUUUCAAUGUCUAUUUGUUCAAUUUAACUGAGUGCAGUUUCUGUGCAUUGUUUUAGAAUAUAACCAUUCUUUGGAAAGCUAAAAUUGACUCUCCUCUUCAAAAAGUUUCUAAUCUCGGUAAAAAGAUUUAAUUCACUAGGCUUCCAAGGUUGUAAUUUUUCUACACAAUGACUAGUGAACUUAGAAGAAAACAUAUGUAUGUGUUUUGGUUUUCUUUAGCUUGUUUGGUAAUUCACCAUUUUCAAAACAUAUCAUUGACUACAAAAGGAUCAGCCCAACACAUCUAUUUCCCAUCCUAGGAAAUCUCUCCCAUGCAUGUAUUCUGUGAAGCUGAAUUCCAGGCAUCUUUAUUGCAUAUGAAGAAACCACAUUUCUUAUCUUCUUAUCAACAUUUCUUAUCUUUAUCUUCAAUAAAAAUUGCUGGAUACAUAAAAAAAUUGUAAGCACUUAUUGUGAUAAUUUCUUUAAUAGAAUUUUAAAAAUUUUGGGUUAUUGACUUCAUUUUUAGGAGGUUAGGUAAUUUUUUUGAAAUUGAAAUAUUUUAUACUCAGUUUAAAUAUAGGUAAACAAGAACAAAUAUUAAAGCUUUACAUAUUUUUAAUUAAAAUUUAAAUUCAAAGUGUCUACUGGGAAAAUUUGACUAGUGGGCUCCCGCCUCACUAGUGCAGUGUUACAUAUUUAUAUUAAUAUAUAUGAGACUAGGAAAAUAUAAUGCAUUUGAUGAAAUGUUCAUAUGAAUUUCAAAAUACAAGUUUUCUGUAUUGGUAUGGAGUGUAUAUAUCAGAAUGUUUGUAUGUAUUUGUUCGUUUAUCCAGUUUAAGUAUUUCUAUAGCCUUACUACGAUAUUUGCUUGUGUGAUAAGUAACAAUACAGAAGUGUCUAAAUGUCUAUUAAUAAUUAUUUAUUCUUUUGACUCUAUGUGAAACUUGUAUUUUGGGGUGUGAAUACAUUUUUCAAAAACACUGUCAGUAAUUUGGAUAAUAUAUGUGCCAUUAUAAAAUGUUUCUUCAUUUCCAAUGACAAUUGUUUUUUUUAAUGAGAGUAUAUCAACUAUAUUAGUCUUCCACUGGUGUGCAAUGCACAGUGCAUGUUUUUUCUCUCUUUAACUGUCAUCUUUACGCUUAUGUUAAGGGAAUAUCUCAUUAAGGUAAUGUAAAGAUAUUUUAAAUAUAGUUUAUACUAAUGAAACAUUACUCCAUAUAUUUUAUAUUUCUAUACAGUAUUAAAUAUACUGUUUAUGUAUUUAUUUGUUCAUAUAGGUAUAUAAAUAAUUAUUAAUUAUAAUUUUCUGUAAGUAUGUUAAUUUAAUAUACUUUAAAUAUUCUUUUAUUAUUGUCCUGCAUUCACUGCAUGUAUUGUUUACACAUGCAAUUUCUAAUGAAUUAGUGAUUGUAUCCUUUUUCAAAUGCUGAAGAACAUCUGAAUAUUUUCAAAGAUUGCUUUUUCCCUGAAUUCUUUUAGCACAUUUUUUCAAAUUUGAAACUUUGUCAUUUACAUUUUAUCUAUUCACUGUCUACAUAGAUAUAUCCACAUAAUUUCUCUUAUUUUCCUUUUUGUGUAUCCGAAGUUUUCAUUGGGCAUAAUUAUUUCAUAAAUAGAAGAGCAUUACUUCCUUCAUGUAGACUCAGCAGACAGCAAUGUGUCUUUAUUUUUCUUAAUUCCUUGAAAGUGAAUCUAUUUGCAUGUUAUUAAAAGAAUAUUUUCUCUUAAUAACUUUCAAUUUAUUCAUCUGUCUGAAGGUAUGGGAGUAGAUAUCAUCUUCAUUAGCCAAAUUAAUUACUACACUUUAUAUAUGUAGCUUCUCUCUCUUUAUAUCAUGAAGAGUAACUUCUAACUACUCAUGCUUAGUAAUUUUGGUUUAUCUUUAUGUCUUUACUAUACAUUUAUCUGAGCAUAGAGUUCAUUAAACUUCCAUGGCAGAAGAGUUAAAAAUUCAUAUUAUUACCCAGCUGUGGUGGUGCAUGCCUGUAAUCCCAGCACUCUGAAAGCUGAGGCAGGAAGUUACUGCAAGUUUGAAGCCAGCCUGGGCAAUAAAGUGAGCUCAAGGCCAACCUGAACUGCACAGUGAGACCUGUCUCAAAAAGACAAAAAAUCAUAUUAUUAUAUAUAACUAUACAUAUGAUAGGCAACAUUGUUUAAAUGAAACCAUCAAAGUAGAGUAGUAGGUAUAACUAUCUUAUUUAAAUACAAGAUAUAAAGUAGUCGAUCCCUGGUACCGAUAAAAACGAAAAAGACAAAAAAAAAAAAAAGAUAUAAAGUAGAGUAA